GUAGCUUCUACGCCUGCGUGGUCUUAACGCUACGUCAGCCUUCUACCCAAAGACUUUUCGCAAGAGAUACGUGGUCAGAAACAUCAGCCAAAUUGUCAACAUCUGUCACAGCACAGGAAACUCCACUUUACCACCAUGGAUCAAGUAAUGCAAUUCGCGGAGCCCAGUCGGCAGUUCGUAAAAGAUUCCAUCAGACUCGUGAAAAGAUGCACAAAACCCGACAGAAAAGAAUUCCAGAAGAUUGCCAUGGCAACAGCGAUUGGAUUUGCGAUUAUGGGCUUCAUUGGGUUCUUUGUGAAACUCAUCCACAUCCCCAUCAACAACAUCAUUGUUGGCGGCUAAACUUCUGCUUGGCGGCUAGACCAUUGCUUGUGCUAACUUUUUUAAACUAUGAUGGUGACUGAAUGGGAUGAAUGAUUUCUACGUUGUGUGUUUGUGGACAAUUUGUUAAUAAAUAAUCCUUGGGGAAAAUA